GCAGAGAGCACAACAAACGAGUUUGUUUUCCUUUUUUGUGUUUAAUGAAACUUCACCGGUCAAACUGCAAUAUAAGUCCCGAAUUAAACAAAAAUGCCUGAAGAAAAGAAAAGCAAGAAUUCGGUAAACACCGAAGGGUCAACAACAAUGGAAGCGAGCGAAACAAAAACGCAGAAUAAAAAAAGAACACCGCUUGCAACAGGGAUCUUGGCGGAUGUGGAAAUGCAGGAGGAGGAACUGACGAGUCAGCCGGCGGCGUACAGCAUGCGACCAGCAUUUGGUGAAUCCUUCCCCUUGCCCAUUGUGAAAAACAUAAUAAAUAGUGUAAUGACUGACAAACUAAAAGAUAAAACAUAUGACAAGGAUGUGGCCAAGAACUGGACGCGUGAGAUUGCUGACGAUGUGAAUCAGCAAAUAGCCUCGAAUCCCAAAGUAAAGCGCUACAAGCAUGUCGUGCAGGUAAUGCUUGGCCAGGAGCUGGGUGCAGGAUCCACCUAUUUAUCGCGCUGCUGUUGGGACUGCGACUGCGACACAUCCGUCACCGAGGUGUUCAGCAAUACGAGCCUGUUUUGUGUGUGCACAGUAUUUGGAACGUAUCAGUACUGAUCUAGUGGAUACUGUGUGCAUCUGAUGAAGACUAUGAGGUAUAUUAUUAACACACUUCAAAAGAAACUAGUUGAAAGUACAGUACACACAAAUGUACUGUUACCGCUCCUGGACAAUGGAAAGAUUCUCAUUACUAAAUUAAAUCACAUUUCGAGCAUAAGUUUAAUUACUUGUCCUGUUAUAUAUAUAUCUACAUAUACGUUUAUAUUCUAAAUACCACCAAUAUUUAUGUGUAACCUAGACAAUCUCUUAUCGAACUUCUCUAAUAACAACCAUCAUGGUGAAUUUAAUACGACCAUUUUUGGACUUAUACCUGGUUAUAUUUUAUAAACAGGGAACAAAAAUAUGUUACCAGUUAUAGAAUAGAGAAAUCAUGAAGAAUACAAUUAAUCGGUCAAAAAUUUCGAUUUUGCCCAAUUAACCGUUUUGUUUUUAAAUGUAUAUUUAGUUAACUUACCAAAUUUGGAUAAACUAGAUUUUAAACUAUACACCUAAGUCAGACUAUCAAUAAUAUAAUUCAGUUAUUGCAUGGAACUCUUAAUUCUAUUGCCACUCAAUUUGCGUCGAUUUUCCUAAAACUUCGACUUCCUCUGGAAUAUCCUCAUAAAAUAAAAGCAAUAAAAUUAUUACUUGAACUACCA